AUGAUGGCAGCUGCCUACUCCAGCGCACAGACGGAGGCGCUGAAGGCCAGCAUCGCGGCCGCCUGCUCCCGUGCCCAGGAGGAGGCGCUUGCCUCUGCGCAGCGCGCAUCUCACGCCAGCCAGGGCAUCGACGACCGGCCCCAGUUGCGCCCGCAGCUCCUGACCGCCAUCGAGGCGCUGCAGCGGGGCCUGGUGGAGAGGGACACGGAGGUGCGGCUGCUGCUGCUAGCCGCGCUGGCCCAGGAGCACAUCCUGUUCAUAGGCCCGCCGGGCACGGCCAAGUCGGAGCUUGGGCGCAGGCUGGCACAGCUGUACCGCGGUGCUUUCUUCGAGCGCCUGCUCACCAGGUUCUCGGUGCCGGAGGAGCUGUUUGGGCCACUCUCCAUGAAGGCGCUGGAGCAUGACGAGUACAAGCGCAAGACCACGGGGUACCUGCCAAGCGCCAGCGUGGCGUUUGUGGACGAGAUCUUCAAGGCAAACUCCGCCAUCCUGAACUCGCUGCUCACCAUCAUCAACGAGCGCCUGUUUGACAACGGCAGCGUGCGGGAGAAGGUCCCCCUACGAUGCCUGGUCGGCGCCUCCAACGAGCUGCCGGAGAGCGAGGAACUGGAUGCGCUGUACGACCGCUUCCUGCUGCGGCGGCAGGUCGCCCAGGUCUCCCCCGCCGGCCUCAUGGAGCUGCUUUCCUCCCCGCGUUCCCAGGUCCCGCAGGCAACGGCGCUGGCCAGCCCCGGCUCCCAGACGCACACAGCCGCCCCGCUCCUGGUGGAUGACUCCUGGGCGGGACUGCGUGGCGAGGCCAUGGCCCUGGUGGAGGUGCCCAGCCGCGUGCUCCAGCUCCUCGCCGACCUUCGCAAGCACAUGCAGGAGGAGCGGGAGCCGCCCACCUACAUCUCCGACCGCCGGCUGGUCAAGGCGGUGGUGCUGCUGCAGGUGGCGGCCUGGACCUGUGGCCGGCGCCGCGUACUGGAGUUUGACGCCCUGCUCCUGCGCAACGUGCUCUGCUACCGCCCCGAGGACGAGGGCCACGUCACCAACUGGCUGCUGCAGCACAUCGCCGCGGAGGACGGGCUGCGCCAGCCCCGCUUCCUCCUCAAAUCCCUGUUUGGGCGCGCCUGCGCCGUGGCGGUUUCCGCCAAGCCCGACGCGGACCUGGCGCAGGAGGUCGAGGCGCUGCGAUCCGUCCUCCUGCGGAAGCUGGCGGGUGUGCUGACGCUGAUGCAGGACGACGUCACCGGCAUCUCCACCCACCUGUGGUUUGGCCAUGCCGAUGCCCGGCGCUUUGUCACGGCCCUGAAGCCGCGGCUGAAGGCCGCCGCCACCGACACCCAGCGCCUGCUGGCGGAGGUCAUCGGGCUGCAGCACGCCAUUGAGGCUGGGCUGGAUUCCGCACACCUGGCCGACCUCCUGCCCGGCGUGUGGGCCGACUUCAUCCGCAAUGCCGACAUGUCGGACGUGAGGCCGCUUGGGACGCGCAGCAUAGAGGUGGUGCGGUCCAAGUACAGCAUGCAGCCCUGA